AUUCGCGUCUGCGCGGUUUGAAAUUUCGCGUUGCAUGAGCGUAGCGCGUCGUCCGUCGACCACCCACUCUUCGAGAACACAGUCUUGUGAUAUAUAUUUUUCGCCGGACCAAUCGCGUUCUCUUGUUCACCCGAACAUUUCCGCCGAAAAUGUUAAAUGUCGCGACUCAUUGGUCCGGCGUUUCACCGAAAACGCCGUGUCACGUGACACUCGUCCUAAAAGUACGUUCGUUUUCUUUGUCGCAAGACUGUACGCUCGACUCGACGUGUCUGGACUGAACGAGUCAGCCGAAUAUUUUCCCGGGAACGAUAUGCUCGCGAAAGGAAAUUGUCUCGAUGUAAGUCCUGAAGACACGGUAGUGUCUCAUCUCUCGUGCAUCUGUGGACUCGCGCUAACCCCACAAGCCAAGUUGACAAAGUUUCACCGCAGCACCUGUAAAUAAAUCUCGAGAUGAGAGUUAUCACGAAAAUUUGGGAAGGUAAGCAGCUGCGUUGAGAGGUCUACGAAAUACGCGUGGUCGCGACGGCCGCUUGGAAUGCUGCCCGGGCUGAUCGCAAAACUUGCCUCUCACAAUGUUUCCCGCGUAAAUCACGACAAUAGUCUGCUCGCUGCAAGUUCCUGCGUACGGUUUGAUCUUUUCGUUCGACAAGUGCUCUCGAUCAUCUUCAUCUUUAUGCACGAGAAAUAUAUCAUGUUUGCGGAUCAAAUAUAUUCGAAUCGUGUUCAGAUUAUGGAAAUGAUGAACGGGGUUCAAACGGAGGAAGACACGCCGACGAGAACCGUGGAAUUAUUGUCAAGUAGGUGCAGACCCUGUGACUCGGGUGAGAGGUACGAGACGAAUCUUGUUUGCAUUGUAAAAUUUGCUUAUCUUGAGGACAGAUAAAAGAACACGUUGUUUGUCAGUCAGAUUUUUUUUUACUUUACAACAUUUGACAGUGAGUACUGUACUGUAUAAAUUACUUGGGAUACAAGAAAAAGAGAGAGUACAAGAAAAUUUACAAACGAUCAAGUGUGUGUACAUACGUCAGUGUGUAACAGCUAAUUGAUUUUUGUACAAAAAUACAUGUGUACAUUAUCACAGGAGAACGCUACUUGAUUGUCGAUAAUAACAAAAUCUACUUUAUCGACGAUUAACCAGUCGAUAUUGCAGGGAAAUGAGCGUAUCUGUGUUAAAGCGGACACAUGAAUGAAACAACUCUCUAUUAAUAAACUUGAAUUAUUUCCAAUAAUAUUCGCGUAUAACAUCUGAGAAUCUAAUCGCGCAGGAAUAAUCGUCGCGAUAUGCAGCUUUUUUAUCUCGGCAUUCAAACCAGGGAUUCUUUGACAAUCAGCGCGGUGAACGAGCUAGCAAACUUCUUUCAUUUCUCGAUGUACGUACAUUUUGACGGAUAUGACAAGUGUGCGGGUAUCGAGUGCACGCGCACCCGGACUCGUCGAGUUCGCGAGGUCCGCACUUUCGUUUUGCGUCUCGGAAAGAGUAGUACCAGUCAGUCAGUCUCGCUCGUGCGUUCGACCGGGCCGGAACCGGGCGAGGAGUGUCGUGCUGACAUAUGUGAUCGAUCGCGAGGAAAAGAGAGAAAGAGAGAGAGAGAGAGAGAGAGAAUCGCACGCAAACCAUCGUGAUCGCUGCGUCGUCGCGGCGCAACAGAUCGAUCGGGAUGACGACGUUCCUGCGGCAUCCUCGGUAUCCUUGCUAACGUCGUCCGUCGAUGAAGCGACCCCACGAUGAUGCAGGAAAUCCCGGGCGCCGCCGCUGAUUAUCAGCGCGCCUCCUCGAAUUCGGUGCUGCUCAACACCUUCGUUGUGAAGAAGAAGAGAUGUCGCGUGUAUUUCCACCGCGGCACGCUCAUCUGGGAGACCGAACGGUCGCCUUACACCAGAUGGACGCUGCCUCUUACGGACGUUUUGGCGGUGCGCUACGGCGACGACUGGAUACCGGGAAAUGUCAGCGCGAAAGAGAAGCAGUCGUCGCAACCUACCGCGACUUCGCCGACCACCGUGUGCCCGACAAAUUUUAUUCUGCAUUACGCGGUGCGCGGAUCGAAGAACAAAUGGAGACACCACAGCGUCACGAUGAGCCACACGGAUCCGCGACAAGUGGCUUCGUGGGUGAAGACCAUUCGAAACUACCUCCUGGGUCUGACGUAUCGGCCGCGAAAGAUAAUGCUAUUUGUUAAUCCUAUCGGCGGUAAGAAGCGAGGCAUUCGGAUCUGGGAAAAAGAUGUGCAGCCGCUAAUGACCAUCGCCGGCAUCGAAACGAAAAUGAUAGUCACCGAGCGCGCUGGUCACAUUCGUGACACUCUGCUUACGGCCGACUUGAGUGACCUACAUGCGGUGGUAUGUAUUGGCGGCGACGGCACGUUCGCGGAGGUAUUCAACGGUCUGGUGUUGAGGGCGGCGAAAGAUCAGCAGAUCAAUCCCGAUGACCCUGACGCGAGGCUCCCCAACCCCGCCCUGCCUGUCGGCGUUAUACCCAGCGGUAGCACCGACACGGUGGCCUACAGUCUGCACGGCACCACUGAUGUGCAGACUGCCGCGAUACAUAUCAUCUUCGGCGACUCGAUAGGUCUGGACAUCUCGUCGGUUCACAGCAAUCGUAAUUUACUCAGGUUAUAUGCUAGCGUGCUCAGUUAUGGCUAUCUUGGUGACGUGAUUCGCGACAGUGAGAAAUUCCGAUGGAUGGGUCCUCACAGAUAUGAUUGGUCCGGGUUUAAGAAAAUACUCGCGAAUAAGGGUUACGAGGGCGAGAUCGAGCUGCUGUCGGAUCCGUGUCAUCCGGCAAGCAGCACUAGAUGCAUGAUGAACUGUUCACGUUGCCUGCAGCACAUGCACAAUAGCAUUCCCGAUGAAGAAAUUGCUAGGUGGGUGACAGUUAGAGGAAAGUUUUUUAUGGUGAACGGCGCAAACGUGUCGUGCGCGUGCUCCAGGAGUCCGAUGGGCUUCAGUCCUCACUGUCACAUAGGUGACGGCUGCGUUGAUGUGAUAUUAAUUCGACACACAUCUUUGAUAAACAAUGUCAGAUUGUUACUCAGGUUGUCAAGCAAACGAAAGACUUUGUACGAUCUUCCGUUUGUCGAGGUCUUCAGAGCCAGAGAAUUCACAUUCCGUGCUCUAACGACGCUGCAGUCGUCCGAGAACGAGCUCAACAUGGUCCGCUCGAGCUCCCGACUCAGCGUGUGGAACUGCGACGGCGAGGUGAUCGACAGCAGCAAUGUGAAAAUCAGGGUCCACUGCCAGUUGCUGAAGGUUUAUACGAGGCGAUCUCAGGAAUCAGUCCGAGAACCGACGAGCUGCUCAAACUGUUCCGUGUGAGCGAGCCGAACGAGGUCAUCGAAUGAGAUCGCUCGAACGGACUGUCUUCAGCUUCAAGAACGCUCUUACCAGGCGCGAACUUCCUUCCUCCGUUAUCGUGAUAUAUAUUUUACGGUGUAACACACCGCAAAAGAUUCAUUCGCUCUAUUCCUGAUAUUAUUUUUGCAUUGUAUAAGAAAUAUAUUUACGAUUGCACUUUGUGAUCAGUCUAUAUAUUUCAGAGCGCGUCUCACGCGGAAAAAAAAAAAAAAAAACACAAAUUUGCCAUCGGCAGCAACGAAUGAAGCACAAGUCUGUGAAAUUGCUUGUAAUGUUUUACGGAUUUUAUUUGUUAAUUUUAUUUUACGUUGUUGUUAAUUUGAUUUAUAACAGAGGGAAUUUAAUUAAAUUGUUAACUCGAUUAUUGUGAUUAAUUGAAGACCAAGCAUUGCGAGAGCUGGUAUCAUUUCGAUUUAUAAUUUUUGACUACACGUGCGCAGAAAAUCGUUUAUAAUUUUUAUCGUUUAAUUUUAUUAUUUCACUUGAAAACAUAAUUCUUGGUAACAAUAAUUUAUGUAUGCUUUCCGCAAAAAUAAUUGAACAUUCCUUUUGCCGGCAUAAUGUGAAUCACGCCGGCAAGAAAAUGCUAUAAUCAAUUAGAAAUUGCAAUUUAUAUACGCAUUUGGUUGUGUAUAUAUAAAUUUUGUAGAUAAAAAAUUUAUUUAAGAACUCGGAACAAUAAUAUGGUUCUCAAUGUACAACUAUAAAAAAAAGAAAGAAAAACCAGGUCAAUAAAAGAUAGGUAUAUAUUAAAUAUAUUAUACAUAUAUACGUGUGGAUAUUUAAAAAAUGCUUUUUAACGUGAACUACUGCUUAAAUUAUUCGCUUGAUCUUGAUUAGAAUUUCGGAAUCGAUAUCGAAACGUUUGUUAAAAAGCCGAAGUCUGCAUUUAUUGGUCUUGUGGCCAACGUACUUUUACAUUUUGUACUUAAAACAAUUCAUUAUUAACGCUUACAGCUAAUUCAAAGCGCAAUAUAUUGUUACUUAAAUUUAUUGUUAGUUACUUCUCGUCGAGCGAUGUUGUGUGAAUUUAUUACGCGCAAUCAAUUCUUGCAACAUUCGCGAUAACGAAUAUAUUGAGUAACAAUCGAUAUUGCCGACAUUCAAACGUGACUUAUUAAAUUGAAACAUUAAUCAGUUUAGGAAGUUUAAUAAGGAGGUUUUUUUUUUUAUAUUGUUUCUGGCAAUCUUCGUCAGACAAUCAAGGUGCGAGGAUGGUGCCUCAGUCGUACGAAGCCUGAAAUUGUAGGACAAGUUUAAGAGAGCUGGUGCAUUGUUUAGCGAUUAGCAAGUUUUUGACAGUAUUUGUUUGCAAAAGUAUUUGUUGAGUAAGAUAAUUGUAUAUUAAUUGUAUGAUACUAUAUGACACAUAGCAACGAAACAUGAUUAUUUACAAUAUUAAAUCACUGUUUAUGCAAAUUAAUAUUUCACUAUAGAAAAACAAAUUGAUCAAACUGAGUUACAAUCGAGAUACGUUUAAAAGAUGCAAUUGUUUUUCAAUGUGUCAACAUAUAAAAAUGUAAUUUUCUAUUUGUAAUCUACUUCAAUUUUAAUUUAUAUACCGAGAUAUACAUUUGCAUAAACGUCUGGGAUUUAUUAUAAAAACUUUUGAAUUUCUUCUAACAGAAUCUAUCUUUCUCUCUCGAUUAUCACGUGGCGUGAAAUAGAAUAUUCGCAAUUGUCAUUAUCAAGUUUCCUAUUUUUAGUGCUGUAAGUAGGUGCUAGAGUUCGCGUCGUGAUGAAUUAUUGACGUAUAAAAAGGUCGUAAAACCGACGCAAUAAACAGCAUUAUACGAGGCACGUUCUAUACACAGCCUGUCCAUCAAAAAUUGAUCAAGGUUACACGAUCGUCGCUUUUUGUAGAAUCCCCAGUGUCGCAAAUUUAGGAAAGAGUACAGUAUUGUAUAGUUUACUUUAGGAAGACUUAAUUUAAAACGUUGUUUUUUUUUUUUUUUUUUUUU